AAAAAACUUGGAGCAUCAACCAUAUCAGCAGCAGGAGCGGGAGUGAACGGAGGUAGUCAGCAACAAAAACAAAAGCAACAACAACGGGUUCCGGCCUCAAGAAGAGAUUCAGCUUCAUCCAUUUCCACGGGUCGUUCAUCCAAUAGUAGCCUUGAUCGCCGUUAUUAUCGCCCAGAGACCAAACUGGAUGAUUCUAAUAAGGGUGAUAGGAAUACUAAGAAGAGUCGAGGAAAAUUCCUGUCUCGAUUCGACUUCGGGGAGACAUUCCAUGGGUACCGUCAUUACGAUCCAUUGAACUACAAGAUGAAGCGGAUGGGUCGACUGGCUCAGUUCAACAAUGAGCGAUUGUAUCUGCAUUGGAUUCGACUUGGAGUGUUGCAGGGAGGCAUUGCAGUGACAUUGUUGAGUUUUGGUUUGGGAGUGACCUCAUAUGUGGGCGUAGGAGCCUUGAUCUUGGCGCUAUUGACGUUGAUUUAUGCGACUACGUUAUAUCAUAAGCGACAUUUGCAUCUGGUCCAUAAACGAAGUGAUGUCAAGUAUUUCGCAAGGACCAUUCCGACCUUUUUGACCGUCGGCCUUAUCCUUUUAUAUGCUAGUAACUUUGCAUGUAAGUCCUCUCUCUCUCUCUCUCUCUCUUUUAUCAUUUUAAUUCGUUCAAAAAGGGGCAGAAUGGUUAAAAAGUUCUUAUUCAACAUUUCCUUUUUCCCCAUUUCCUUUUCUUUCAUCAAUUGAUAGUGACAUUGCUGUAUGGUGAAGAAGCUAGAAGUCCUCCACCAUGGACAAAUGACGAUGACAGCUUUAGUAGUGUAUUCUAGAAGGAUAAAUGACAGAGUUGAAGACUAUGG